AUGGACCCGCAGCCACAUGCGCAGCUCAGGGAUGUUCUGCCAUCCUCUGUUAUCACUGAUAAGAAAACCAAUCUGCAUCUGCCUCUGGAAAGGGUCCACGGCUAUGCUGAUGGAGCUCUUCCUGCCCAGCGUUUCAACGACGGGAGGCUCUUUCCUUCCUCCUGGGCCUGGCGUGUCGGCGCAGGACUCACUACCUUGGUAGUAGUGUACUUCCUGCUGCGUUGUUCUCGCUUGAUAGGGUUUGAAAGGAAGUCGUUCCAUCUGAGCCGAUCCCUUGCAGCAGCUGCUGGUGGAUUAUGCAACUUAGAGAAUGCACCAGGCGAUGAUAAUGGAGGCUACAACGGGAGAUUGCAGAACUUCACGGGAAUUUCGGGGCAGCAGGUGCCACAGAAUGGGUCUAUUUUACGUCAGGAUACGUCACACGGACCCCCCGGGAUAGCGCAGGAGGAAGCAACAGAUGAAUUUCUAGAGGACAUGCUUGAUGAGGAUGAUUUGGAUGAGGCUGACUUUGAUGACGCUGUCUUGGAAUCGCUAUCGGAGGAGUUUGAUGACAGUGACUUGCACUUGUGGGAGAACCGGCAACUACCUCCAGCUUUUAAAAGGAGGGUGGUUACUGUUAUGCGGCAAAUGGCAAUGGCCUCAAAGUUGUGCAGUUCGCUGUUGCCAGCGUUAACGUGUGCUCAACGCCUGCGCUUGACAUUUCAUGUAUUGCGGCUGAUAGCACUCGAUUUGGGUGCCCUGUCGCUUGUAAAGGAGGACCUUCAGCCAAGAAGGGAAAAAGUGGGCGACUCUCUUAUCAGCUUAGCUUCUCAGUGCCUUCAACAGAGCGGUGACGGGGUGAAUCUUCAGGGUCGACGUAUGGCUAUCCGCGAGCUAAAAAGUCUAUGUGAGGAGCUCAAGAAGCCGCGCCUCCUUCAAAAGGAGAAAUCCCCGUUAAAGUACAAAAAGAAGAUGAUAAGCUUACUGGGGACUGCCGGCCUGGCAGUUAAGCUUUGCGUAGGCGCUUUGCAAGGGCUGUCAGAGUUGAUGAGGGAUUCCACAAAGCUGGUCGAAAGGAUAGUAGGUCAGCAGGCCACUGUUAUCGAAGCAAUUUUCCGUACUCACUCUGAUCACAUUGCCAGAGACGGUUCACUUCGCGCACAUAUUGUAGGAUCUCAGAAACGCGCAGGCGUGUUCCCGCUUCUUGGCCGCUAUCAUAUGCACGUGUCCAGAGCCUCUAUUGCUCCAGUAAAAGCCUUGCGAGAACGUUUAAUUGACGCUGCUAGAAGUGCUGGGGGCCUCCUGCCACCGCGGCGGCCAUGUAUUACAUACUGUCGUAGCGACAGUAGCGUGUUGGCGGGAGCGCCUCUACAGAUGAGCAGUCAUCAUACGGAACUGCAUGGGUGGCUUAAUCAAGAAGCACUGCACAGAGAGUUUGCUUUAGCAGUGCAAGCCUCCCUUCGGUCGACAGAUUCCGCAGUGACCGGUGGUGCUCAUACCGGGCACUUACCAACUACAUAUCCACAAUGGCAAGCUGGCCAGACGUCUACGGAAGGUAUUGGGCCAGUUAUGCAUCCCGUACCGCAUCCAUUCGUGCGCCGUGAAGGUAACCAGGUGCAAUUAGCUCUGUCGCAGUUUUCUCAUCCAGUGGCUGGAGUUCCAUUGCCAUGGACACAGACUCCAAGACCGGCAGGUGUUGAGGCGGCUUUACCGUCGUUGCCGCCAACUCUUCCCCCAGCAGGUCCCCAGCAUCUCGGAGCCACCAACUAUUCGCAGGGCUUUGAUCCUCCCGUUUCGUUACAGUGGGGCACAUUCCAUCCAGAUGGUUCUGGUACGCGUUUGCAGUCCGCUUCCCACCAAUCGGACGGUGCUUUAGAUGCGUCAUCUACCAGUCCGUCACCACCCGCAGUUCCCGAAGUGGGCGAGUACAGCCUUUUCGCAGACGGGGGUGUACCCCCCUGGUCGCCAUUUACGGGGAAGUUAGCCACCGUUUGUGAUGGGUAA